UCGUAAGCCGACAAAAUACAUUGCUCUUCGACAUCUUGGAGGAAUAAGGUGUUUUUGGUAUAGUGAAUACGACGUAAAAUACAUUUCUGGAAAGAGGUUUUAUUGAAUUUAAGUUUCCAUCUUUUCGUGGUCGUUUAUUGUGAAUUCUUUUAACAAUCGUCAAUAUCGGUCCAAUUUGCGUAAGUUUCAUUCAACCAGAAAACAAGCCGGGAGAGGUGAUUUUGUAGUCUAUAAAAGGCUUUUGCGACCUAUUUAUAGAAGGCCAGUUCAAGUGAUAUCCCGUGUGUGAAACUAAUCGCGUAUCGGCAUCAAAAUGAGUCUCGUGUGGAGUCUUAUUGCAUCGUUCCUGUAUGUGGAAAUAUUCAUCGUUCUGAUGCUGGUUCUUCCAGUGGCCAGUCCUCAAAGAUGGCAGAAAUUUUUCAAAUCCCGUUUUCUGGCGAUGCUGAGUAGACAGGCACAUACUUAUUUCUAUUUAUUGCUGUUUGUACUGGUUUUGUUCCUGCUGGAGGCUAUCCGCGAAAUGAGGAAAUAUUCCCACGUCGAUACAGAUCCUGCAGCUGAGCAACAUCUUAACGUUGGUAUGCAACACAGUAUGCGAUUGUUCCGUGCCCAGCGGAACUUCUACAUUUCCGGUUUCGCAAUCUUCCUGUCACUCGUAAUCCGUCGGCUAGUCUCGCUCAUCACUACUCAGGCUCAACUUUUGGCUCAAGCGGAAGCAUCGAUGAAACAGGCUCAAAGUGCUACCGCUGCUGCUCGCUCGAUGAUGAAUCAACAGAAGAUUGAAGCGGAGACCGGCGACAAACCAAAGCCAUCCGCUCCGUCGGCAGAUGAAGUUAAUGUUGACGAAUUGAAGAAACGUGUUGCUGAACUCGAGGGCGAACUUGCCCGUGAACGCAAGGAUAAGGAAGCAAUGAAGAGUCAGUCGGAGAGCUUGAACCGGGAAUACGACAGACUGACUGAGGAGUACAGCAAGCUCCAGAAGCGAAUCACUAUCACUACCAACGAUAAGAGCGAUUAAUUCCAUAAUUUGGCUGAUUAGCUGGAGAUUUUGUUUUCUUUCAUUAGAAAUGCCACUUUUUGGUCGCAUUACUGGUUUUCAUUCAUGCGGUGAACUUAUUACUAAUUUAAUUUUCUUGUUCAAUUUUAUACUGCACUCUCUGUCUUCAAAAGACUUCAGUAACUAUGUAACCGAAAAAAAACAGAUUAUUCGGAAACCGUUAAAAUCGCUCUCGAUGAAUUUAACUCAUUAAAUAUGAAACAUCGUUUGAAAAACGUAAAAAGGAUAACCAUAUGACUGACCAAAACUGUAAAGAAAUAAUGAAAAAGAAGAGACGACUGUUGAGAUAAAUGUAUGUUUUAGAAAUGUAAUGGUUACGAUAAAUAAACCUAAUCUGCUUGUGUAAGAGCAAAAA